CAGUCAGCCAUGGAGGGAACGGCGGUGCCGGUGGAGAAGACCACGGUGCUGAUCACCGGCUGCUCCUCGGGCAUCGGGCUGGGGCUGGCGGUGCGGUUGGCGGCUGACGCUGCCCGCAGGUUCAAAGUGUUCGCCACUAUGCGUGACCUGGCCAAGGGCGAGCAGCUGCUGGAACGCCUGGGGGGCCGCUGCCCCGACACACUGGAGCUGCUGCAGCUGGACGUCACCGACCCGCGCUCGCUGGCUGCGGCCGUGCGCUGCAUGCGGGGGCGGCACCCGGACGUGUUGGUGUGCAACGCGGGGGUGGGUUUGAUGGCCCCCCUGGAGAUGUGCUCGGAGCAGGCCAUGAGAGCAGUGUUUGAGGUGAACGUAUUCGGCACCGCACGCACCAUUCAGGCCUUCCUGCCCGCCAUGAAGCGCCACCGUGCCGGGCGCAUCCUCGUGUCCAGCAGUGUCGGGGGGCUGCAAGGGCUGCCCUUCAACGCCGUGUACUGCGCCAGCAAGUUCGCGCUGGAGGGGCUGUGCGAGAGCCUGGCCAUCGUUCUGCGGCCCUUCAACAUCCACAUGACGCUGGUGGAGUGCGGCCCGGUGCACACCGCCUUCAUGGACAACGCGUGGCGCGCCGACCCGGACGGCCGCGAGCUGCGGGCGCUGGACGCCGAGACGCAGCAGCUCUACCGCCGCUACCUGCAGCACUGCACGCAGCUGUUCCUCGACGCCGCCCAGGAGGUGGACGAGGUCCUGCAGGUGUUCUUGGAGGCCAUCGCCGCCCCGCGACCGCCGCUGCGCUGCAUCACCGCGCGGCUCCCGGCCCCGCUGGCGCGGCUGAGGCCGGGCGGUCCCGACGGCGCCGACUACGUGCGGGCCAUGCACGACUUCGUCUUCGGCCCCGGUGAAGCCGCCGAGGAGCAGCCGUGAGCGCGGCCCCGGCAAUAAAACCUCGUGCCCGCG